AUGGCUCUGAAUGACUGUUUGCUUCUGAACUUGGAAGUGGACCAUUUCGUGCACUGCAACAUUUCUAAUCAUAGUGUGGAGCUCCCCAUGAAUGACGACUGGUUCCACCCCGGGAUCCUCUAUGUCAUCCCUGCAAUUUAUGGAGUCAUCAUUCUGAUAGGCCUCGUUGGCAACAUCACCCUGAUCAAGAUCUUCUGUACUGUGAAGUCCAUGCGAAACGUGCCGAACCUGUUCAUCUCCAGCCUGGCUUUGGGAGACCUGCUCCUCCUGGUAACCUGUGCGCCCGUGGAUGCCAGCAGGUACCUGGCUGACAAAUGGCUGUUUGGCAGGAUUGGCUGCAAACUGAUCCCCUUUAUCCAGCUUACCUCGGUAGGGGUGUCUGUCUUCACACUCACGGCUCUCUCGGCAGACAGGUACAAAGCCAUCGUGCGGCCAAUGGAUAUCCAGGCCUCCCAUGCCCUGCUGAAAAUCUGCCUCAAAGCUGCACUGAUCUGGAUUGUCUCCAUGCUGCUGGCCAUCCCAGAGGCCGUGUUUUCUGACCUACAUCCCUUCCAUGAGGAAAGCACCAACCAGACCUUCAUUAGCUGUGCCCCAUACCCACACUCUAAUGAGCUGCACCCCAAAAUCCACUCCAUGGCUUCCUUCCUGGUCUUCUACAUCAUCCCACUGUCGAUCAUCUCUGUUUACUACUAUUUCAUCGCCAGAAAUCUGAUCCAGAGUGCCUACAAUCUCCCCGUGGAAGGGAAUAUACAUGUCAAGAAGCAGAUCGAGUCCAGGAAGCGCCUGGCCAAGACAGUGCUGGUGUUCGUGGGGCUCUUCGCCUUCUGCUGGCUCCCCAACCACAUCAUCUACCUGUACCGCUCCUACCACUACUCUGAGGUGGACACCUCCAUGCUCCACUUCAUCACCAGCAUCUGCGCCCGCCUUCUGGCCUUCACCAACUCCUGCGUGAACCCUUUUGCCCUCUACCUGCUGAGCAAGAGUUUCAGGAAGCAGUUCAACACCCAGCUCCUCUGUUGCCGGCCUGGCCUGAUGAGCCGGUCUCACAGUGCCGGCAGAAGUACCAGCUGCAUGACCUCCUUCAAGAGCACUAACCCCUCCGCCGCCACCUUCAGCCUCAUCAAUGGAAACAUCUGUCAUGAGGGGUACGUCUAG